AUGGAGCCAUCCUGGCAAUUACAGCGGUGUCAAGCCGGAUUAUUUCCUGCAACAAAUGUGGACAGAGCCGUAGAUGCAUCCAUCUCUAGUCCGAGGAGGAGGAGGAGGAGGAGGAGGGGUCCACCAAAUUGGGGAGCCAAUCGCAAGCCAGCUCUGCAACACACACACACACACACACACACUUUUUUUUCCUCCAGAGAGAGGUGCUGCAAAGUGGGCGAGCAGCAAAGAGGAGGAAGGAGAGCUGCCAGCAGCUGUCGCCUCUUGGCUGGCUUGGCCUCCAGGGAGACCUGGCCUCUGGAGAAGGAGAAGGAGGGAAAGGGAAAGGAAGAGGAAAAGACAGAAAAGGAAAAGGAAAGGGCAAAGGAGAAGCAGAAGGAGGAGCCGGAGGAGGAGGAAGAGGAGGACGAGAAGAAAGAAAAGGAGGAGAAGGAGAAGGAGAAGAGGAGAAGGCAAAGGCGGGGGAGGCGAGCUCUGCCCUUGCCGGACCCGCCAUGCCCAAAAAGGAAGUCUCCUGAGAGUGCUGAAGGCAAGGAUGCAGCAAAAUUAACUAAACAAGAGCCAACAAGACGAUCUGCACGAUUGUCAGCUAAACCGUCUCCACCAAAACCUGAGCCUAAGACAAGGAAAACUACUAAGAAAGAACCUGGAACGAAGGCUAACAAAGGUGCUAAGGGGAAGAAGGAUGAAAAGCAGGACGCUGCAAAGGAAGGUACUACACCAUCUGAAAAUGGUGAAAAUAAAGCUGAAGAGGCACGGAGAACUGAAUUGCUACAUGACAAAUACGUAUAAUAUGAAAUGAACAUUUGAGGACGAUUUUAUGCACUGUACCUCUGGACAACUUUUAAAAGAUAUUUUUAUCAAGUAUUUUGUAAAGGCUAAUUUCUUAGGACUUACAGAUGAGUGGAAAACCUGUACAUGAACAUUUCUUCCUUGUACACCCAUGCUUCUAGAAACUCCAAAUGUUGUAAAGUUUUUUUUAAAAAAGUAUCAGUUUAACACUGGGGAAAGUGUUCAUAAGAUUGGACAAGCAUUCCAUAUAUGUGCUUUUAAGAAAUAUAUGUUUCACGUGUAUGGAAUUUUUUGCCCUUUGGGUAUGUGGAUUUUUCUUGUAUUUUUUUCUAGAGCAAUAAUCUGUAGUGCUUUUGUACUUAAAAGUUUGUGAUUUUAAGGAAUUGCAUCUAGGUAUGGCCACUUGAAUAUUUUGCAUUCCUCUCAUUUGUUUAAAUAUAAUUAAAAUUAAAUUUGUCAGCAAAUAUAAUUUUCUAAUAUUUUCUCUAAAUCUGAGAUAUGCCUUAUGUAUACUUAAUUCUUGUUUGUAAGCACACUUAUCUAAAGGCUAUGUUACAGCAAUUUCAGGAUCAGGGUACAAGCCCAUAGAUGUUAGUGGGACUUAACACCACAAUCCUAAAUUCGGUUACUUGACAUCAGGGUCCAUUGUUUAGGGCUGUUGUGUGCCUUAAAGUCAUUUCCAACGUAUGGUGUCCCUGCCAUGAGGAUUGCUUGACAAUAUUCGUUCAAAGAGAGUUUACCUUUGCCUUUCUCUGUGGCUGAGAAAGUAUGACUUGCCGAAGGUCAACCAGUGGGUUUUCAUGGCCAACCAGGGAUUUCAACCUCGGUCUCCCUGUGUCCCUUGUCCAGUGCUCAAACUACUAUAGCACUUUGGCUUUCUGUUUAGAGCUAGAGAACCUAUUCCUCCUAUGUAGUUUGUGGGUAAAAGCCACAUUACUUUGUUGUCUUCAAGGAAUACUUAUGAUAAAUGCAGAUCUACAAUAAAGAAUUAUAUUUAUGGCACAUAUAUACAGUUGGGCCUCCAUAUUCACUGAUUUUUUUUAUCCACAGAUUUGAGUAUCCAUGGCUUGAAAACAUUCCAAAAAAGUAUAAAUUUCUAAUAGCAAACCUUGAUUUUCAAUUUUAUAUAAGGGACACCAUUUUGCUCUGCCAUUAUAUUUAAUGGGACUUGAACAUCCAUGGAUUUUGUUAUCCACGGGAGAUCCUGGAACCAAAUCCCAGUGGAUAACAAGGUUCCACUGUAUUUUAAAAGACCUGAGUCAUUAGCUGUUCACCUACCAUGUCUUUUGGCUUGUGUUGUAGUUUAGAAAUCUGACCCCUACUUCUGCUCUUUCUAAAGCAGACUCAAACACAGGAUAUUCCUGCAAAACCAGAAAGUUUUUUGAGCCUUCAUGGGCAACCCUAUAUGACUAGGUGUUUGAGAGAAAAAGACUAAAAACAGGUAAAUGUAUACAAUUUCAGGAUUAUGCAUAAAUUAUUAUUAGGGUUAUAAAUAUAUUUAGUCAAAUAUGGAUAUGGACUUCUUACCUAAAUAAUUAAUAUGACUUCAAAUUUGAUUGGACAUGGAAGGAGGAGGUAUAUAGAACUCACCUAACAAUUAACAAACUGGGUACUGAGAAUGCAGCUAAUGCUUCUCGUAGAUAAGCAGUUAUAAUUUCAUUUUAAUGGAAGAAUCUGCAUAUUAACUGAAUUUUGGUAUCUUAUGGCAGACAGCUAUAAAUUUGGAGAUAAGAGAAAUUCUUGUAAAUGUUAAAAUUCAUGGUUUGGAGAGACAGUAGUUAAAAAUAGACACUCGUCUGAAGAUGUCAAGAUGGGAGUCAUUAGAAGAAGAACUCAUGAAGACAUUUCUGUUUUAUUUCAACGAUAUAUAAUUAGGAAGGAAAAAUCACUUAUGUUAUUUUUUAUGAAAUAUGUUUAGAACAUUGUAUUAUUUCAGAUUUAAAAUGAUACAAUAAGUUAACAGAAUGCAAUGUUGUCUAUAUUAAGUAUGAAACUUGGAUUUGUAUAAAAAUAAAUAAAUAAAAACAGGUAGAGGCAACUGUGGAGAGGCUGAGGGACAGUGUUCUGCCUCAGGACCUUCUAGGGGGACACGGGGUGCCCAAAAAUAAAACAACAAAAAUUUCAAAGUGAGCAAAACUCCACUUAUGUUUUGAAAAACAGGUAGCUUGGAGUUGCAAAUAGUGCAGAUGUGGCUGCAGUCAUUUAAACAGGUACACUGCUAUUCCUAGGUACAACCUGGAGAGGCAAUUCACCCUCAUUUUGGGCCAGAAAAAAGGAGUCUGGAGGAUUUUGAAGACCAUCAAACAACCCUCUCCAUAAAAACAAACCUUGCAUGGGAUUCAAGAGUUGUGCUUUGCCCCAAGUUUGAAUGCUAUUAAUGCUACUUGAACUGAAACUGAACGUAGACUUGUAAUGUCACAAACUGAGUUAGGAAACUCAGGUUUUUUAUUGGUUUUGGAAAUGGAAAGUAAUAGCAUUUGCAUUUCCUCUUAACCACCUCCUACAUCAUAUGAGUGUAAAAUCUAAGAUGAUAAAAACAUAAUUCCACUUUGCUCUGGUUUUAUUCUGCACUUCUCAAUUUCUUCUGCUUUAUUAGUGGAAUAUGGUUGAUGCAUCAAAAUGAUUGAUAAAAACAAUGCUUGUGGUACAUGGUACAGACAAUGUAGGUGAAAUGUAUUUUAAAGAGCUAUAUGGUUGUAAUAGUAUUAAAUUAGUUGAAUGGAUUUUCUGGUACAGUACUAUGUUACUAUGGGAUCAGAAUAUUAUGUCAUUUCCCCCUCUAUAUAUAUUGUUUCCUUUGUCUGGAACUUGAAUAUUUCUAUUGUUUGUGGAAUGGCAAGGUAAAAUAUUUCAUGUCUUUUAGUAAUAUUUUUAUUGUUGCAGUGAUUGCCAUAAUACUGUCUGGAGAUAUUUGCAUGUUUCAGUCAAUAAAUUAAGUAAUUACCAUCUA